AUGAAGCUGACGACCCUCCUCUCGGGCCUGACGGCCGCGCUCCUGCUCCCCUUCUCCUCGGCCUUCACGAACCCGAUCCGCCGCCCCGGCGGCUCCGACCCGUUCGUCACGUACUCGGGCGACGGGUACUACUACCUCCUCUCGACGACGUGGUCGACGGUGGAGAUCGCGCGGUCGACGACGGUCGAGGGCCUCAAGACGGCGGCCAAGAAGGUCGUCUACUCGUCCGGCGACGCCUCGCGGUGCUGUAACGUCUGGGCGCCCGAGGUGCACUGGUUGAACAACCGGUGGUACAUCUAUUUCACCGCGGGCGGGAGCGCGAAUUUGGAUAACCAGCGGAUGCACGUUUUGAGGGGCGGCACCACCCCCUGGGACUCGUACACCUACGUCGGCCGCAUCGGCGCCGACGAGUGGUCCAUCGACGCCUCGGUCCUGCGCACCCCGCAGCACGGCAACUACCUCAUGUACUCGUGCUUCCACGGCGCGGCCUACCAGUCCAUCUGCAUCCAGAAGCUCAACGACGACGCCGUCUCCACCUCGGGCUCCGUCGCCCUCAUCUCGCAGCCCACGCAGUCCUGGGAGCGCGUCUCGCACCCGGUCAACGAGGGCCCCGCGGCGCUCUACUUCGGCGGCAAGACGUACGUCGCCUACUCGGCGUCCUACUGCUGGUCCGCGAGCUACUGCCUCGGGCUGCUGACCUGGGACGGGAGCACGGCGCCGACGAACCCGGCGGCGUGGAGCAAGGGGAACGGGUGCGUGCUGAGCAGCGGGAACGGGCACUACGGGACGGGGCAUAACAGCUUCUUCCAGAGCCCGAAGGGGGACCAGACGUGGAUCGCGUACCACGCGACGAGCAACAGCGCCGGCGCGUGCGACGAUAGCCGGUACACGAUGGUGCAGAUGCUGGGGACGCAUAGCAACGGGGCGCCGAACUUUGGGACGCCUGUCGCGUUUAGUUAUCAGUACGGGGAGCCUAGCAAGUGA